CCUCUCCUCUACCCUACUUGCCUUCCCUCAUCUCCGCAAGAGCCCAUCCCACCAUGCCCCUCAAAACCGUCCUCAUCACCGGCUGCAGCGACGACGGUAUCGGCCACGGCCUGGCCACCACCUUCCACCAACAAAACUACCACGUCUUCGCCACAACCCGCAACCCCCACACAAUGAGCAAACUGAAACCCCUCCCCAACGUAACCCUCCUGACCCUGGACGUCACAAACCAAGACCAGAUCAACGCGGCAGUAGCCGCCGUGCAAUCCCACACCGGAGGCACAUUAGAUAUUCUGGUGAACAAUGCAGGACGGAAUCAUUUCAUGCCGGUGUUGGAUGAGGAUUUGGAACAGACAAGGGAGUUGUAUGAGAUUAAUGUUUGGGGUCCGGUGAGAGUGACCAAGGCUUUUGUGCCACUUUUGGUUCGGGGGAGGGGGGCGGUGGUGUUUGUUACGUCCAUUGCGGGGUAUGUGAAUGUGCCGUUUAUGGGAACUUACUCUGGUUCUAAACGGGCCUUGGAACUCAUGGCUGAUUCUCUCCGGCUGGAAUUGACUCCCUUCAACGUCAAGGUUCUGUGCAUUGUGACUGGGGCGGUUCGUACCAUGGGCCAGACGUACUUUGGGGAUUUCAAGUUGCCUGAGGAUUCGCUGUACAAGCCUAUUGAGGCGAAGAUUGCGGCCCAGGCGCGUGGGGAGGAUGGUGUGGAGCGCAUGGAUUUGAUGGAGUAUUCUCGUUCGGUGGUGGCGCAGAUUGUGAAUGGGGAGACGGGACGGUUUUGGUAUGGGAAUACGGCGGAGAGGGUUAGGGAUGGGAUUAGUGCGGUGAGGAAUCCGGUUAUGGAUGAUGCGCUUAUUCGGACGACGGGGUUGGAUAUGCUCUAGGCAUAGGGAGG